ACGGCGAUAGCAAGUUUCUGCGGUAUCACCUACAAACUGGGCACUCGGGACAAUUUAAACAAUCAACAGAUCACUGCCCUCACUCCACUAUGGCCUCCUCCUCAUCAGUUGGAGAUAAUCAACUGCAGAGGAUAAUCAGAGAUCUCCAUGACGCUGUGUUAGAGUUGAGUAAAGAGCACAAGGAGUGUGGUGAACCUGUGACCGAUGACAGCGCCAACCUGCACAAGUUCUUCUACAAAUUAGAAUACCUGCUACAGUUUGACCAGAAAGAGAAGACAACCUUUCUUGGUCAAAGAAAAGACUACUGGGAUUACUUCUGUGACUGCCUGAUUAAGAUCAAGGGAGCUAACGACGGCAUCCGUUUUGUAAAGUCCAUCCCUGAGCUGAAGACAUCACUGGGGAAAGGAAGGGCCUUCAUCCGCUACUCACUUGUUCACCAGCGACUUGCCGACACGCUGCAGCAGUGUCUAAUUAACCAUAAGGUCACAAGUGACUGGUAUUAUGCCAGAAGUCCGUUUCUCAAGUCUCACCUCACUGCUGACAUAAUCAACCAUCUUUAUGAGCUCAACCAGAUCCAAUUUGAUGUGGCAGCCAGAGGUUACGACCUCGACGCAGACUGGCCAAGCUUUGCAAGGCGAACAUUAGGCACUGCCUCGUCAGCGUUCCCGUGGAGGCCUCCCAGCCGCUGCUCCAGUGUCAACAGUCUUAUUAGCAGCUACUCACACACACAGGCGCCUGAGUUUCUCCCAAUCCCAGACCUGAAUCAUAGUCUCCUUGGUGAACUAGGUGAAUUGGGGGAACCUUCUCCAUGUAGCAUCGCAGAGAACCUCCGCAUUGAGCUCGACCAGUCCGAGCUCAGACAGCAAGAGCUUCUUGUACGUGUUCAGGAGUUAGGCAAAGAGGCUGAUGAGUUAAAAGGAGUUGUUAAAGACCUUCAAGGCAAACUAUUAGAAGCUCAUGAGUCCUCUGAGCAAGCCGUGUCUACAGCGGCCCAAUUCAAACCCGAAUCAAAUCAUCUGGAGAAAGCAAAUGAUGUUCAAACCUGCAGGGAAGAUAUAAAAAAGGAACUUCAAGACAGACUCACGGCAGCUGAGAACAAAAAUAUGGAGCUUCUGUCCAAGUUGGAUGAGGCUCUGAAUGAAAAGGGACAACAAACAGCUAGCUACUGCGACUCAGCCUGGAAAAUCCAGGAACUCCUGGAUAAACUCAAGACAGCAGAGGAGGAGAGGUUUGAGGCAAAGAGAGAGGCGGAGGACAGGGCCAGGCACUCUGAGCGUCUGUCCCAGGAGCUUAAGCUCAGACAGGAAGAGUUGAAGGGAAGUGAGGAGAAGCUGGCUGAAGUAAAAGCCGGAGCUCAUGACGAACGAGAGAAGGCGCUCAAGCGCCUGGAGGAUCUUCAAAGUGCAGUCGGUAGAAUUCAGGGGGCGCUGACUUUGAAGGAGAAGGAGUCGGGGAACUUGAGAGCUCAGCUUCAGGAUCUACAAGCAUCACUGGAGUGCAGAGAACGGCAGGCAGAGGAGCUGAGGAAAAGACUGCACGAGGAGAGGGAGGAGGUGGAGCAGAGAUGUAGCAGGAGCAGUUUCCAGAAAGAGGAACUCGAGAGCCAGAUACUAGACGUAAGAAUAACUCUGAAAAGCAGAGACAAAGAGCUAGCCGCUAGCUCAGAAAGAAUCAAACAUCUAGAGGAGCAGUUGGAGAAGCUAAACGUUGAGAAGGAAAGCUUGAGCUCUAGACUUUCUGAUAAUGAAGAGUCCUCCUGUGAUCAAACUGAAAACCUUGAGGACUUCAAUACCCAAUGUAGCAACCUCAAGGAAAUGAAUGCUACACUGCUCCAAACAGUUAAGCAGAGCGAGGGAAGCAUUACAGAAUUGACUGAGAGCAGAGCGGUCUUGUUAGACCAGCUAGCAUCUUUGAGGGCCUCUGAGAAACACUUAAAAGGCAGAGUUGAUGCUGCAAAGAUGUGUGUGGAAGAUCGAGAGAAGAAGCUUCUGGAUGAAAACCUUCAUCUUGAGGAGAUUGUCCAGAAACAACUCUGCCAAAAGGACAUAUGUGAUGCUCAAUUCAAGAAGCUCGAGCAGGAGAAUAAGGAGCUUCUUCAGUUACAUUCAGCAUUGAAGAUACAGUUAGCCACAACUCAACAGGAAUUAAACUCACUCACUGCCAAAGCUGCACAGUUGGACAAGAACCUUGUAGUGUCCCAAAGAAGCCAAGGGGAGUUGCUCGAAAAACUUCAGGAAACUGAGUGUAAACUGAGAGAGCAGACUGUUAAAUGUGGACUUCUGCAAGCUAGAGCCGAGGAGCUGGAGAACAGGUCUGUGGAGCUACACGAUGAAAAAGGAGCUGCCGAGAGCAACGAAAAAACACAGAAGCAUCAUGAUGAGCAUCAGACCUCUUCGCUGGAAAACAAAGAGGCCCCGUUCCGGCUGGUUAUAGCUGAGGCUCAACUGGAGCUCAAUCUAAGGGAGGUGCAUCGGCUUCAGGAGGAGGUAGUGGAGCUCAGGGCUCAGCUUUUAGCAAGAAGUGAGGAGAGGCUGAAGGUUCAGGCGCUGCAGGAGGUGACAGAGUCCUCCAGAGAAGACCUCCGGGUGUUAUCAGAACAACUCAAAGUCCAGGUGGAGGAGCUAAACCGCAAGCACGUGGAUGAGAUUCUUCGUUCCAGAGAGCGAGAGGAGGCUCUCAUACGGGAGCGUGACGUUGAGGCUCAGGCUCGAGUGGGACUGGCUGCAGAGGUGACAGCCUCCAGAGAUGAGCUCAAUAAAUGGAAGAUGCGUUAUGAAGCCCUGUGUCUGGAGAACAGUGAAUCUAGAGAGGCGCUGCAUAGAGCAAAUACAGAAACGGCUGAACUCGGCGUGCACGUGUGUAUGCUCACUGCCGAGAAUGAAGAGGCUCGUCUACGCUGGGAGGGUUUGUCAACAAGGCUGCAGGAGCUGGAGGAGGAAGCCGCCAAGGAGCCAGAGAGGUUGAAUUCUGGCAUGGAGCAGCUACGCCAGGAGAACCAGCAACUCCUUGAUCAGCUCCACAGCGAGAAGGGUUUGUUAGCAGUGAAGCAGGAGCUGCAGCAAGAGCUGAGCCUGGCCCAGCAGGAAGCUGGAGCUGUGCAGAGGACGAGCCAGGAGGAGAUUCAGGCACUCCGCUUCCAGCUCAGCAGCCAAGCCAUGAACCACAGCAGCCAGCUGCAGACUGUGGAUAAAGAGUUACUGGAAGUGAAGUCACAGCUCACGACUGAACAGGAGGAAGUGGUUGACCUGAAGAACAAACUCAAAAUGUUAGAGGCUGAGAAUCAGAGAUAUUGCCAACAGAUUGAGCAGAAAAACAUCCAGAUGGCCGAGUCUGAAAAUCUCAUCCAGCAGAAAGACGACGAGAUAAUCCAUCUGAAAGGGAAUUUAUCAAGGUCUGAUGAAGGUCUUGCAGCAGCUCAGAAAACCUGUCAGGAGAUGUGUGAAAAUCUUCGGAGAGCCACGCAGGACAAACAGAGCUUUGAUCUGAAGACAGCUGCUGAACUUGAUGAUCUUUACCGCACCAAAAUCAAUCUGGAGGAAAGGCUUGUAGAACUCAUUAGGGAGAAAGACGCACUGUGGCAGAGGACAGACGCCCUGGAGUUUGAGCAGAAACUACGGGACGAGGAGACAGAGCGGGAUGUCAACUACUGUGUGGGCUGUCACACUCAGUUCAGCUGGUGGCUGCGCAAGUACAGCUGCAGACUGUGUGGGCGUCCCUUCUGCUACUACUGCUGCAGCAACACAGUGAGCACCCAGCAGGGCGGCAACAGAGAGCGCUGCUGCAGGGACUGUUACAACCAGCACAGCGCGGUGGUCGAGCGCCACCCACAGGAAGAAUUGGCUACCAGCACACCAGGGACGCCUUUCCGUCGUUUGCUGCAGGCUGGCAGAUCUGUGGCCAGUGUGUCAGGAGCAGAUGAAGGAGGUAAGCAGGAUGAUGGUGUUUUUGACAUCAUCACAGAUGAGGAAGUGAGCGGGGUCUACAACAGUGAACUCUCUUUUGCCACUGCCUGCUCUCCUGAACACGGACAGCAGGGGGCAGCACAGCUAAGCAACAGUGCCAGUGCAGGAGAACUCACGCCAGAUGAAACUGAAGACCUCAUUGCUCAGGACGCGGAGAUCUGCCUGCUGAAGUCUGGAGAUCUCACACUCUCUGUCCACUUCACUGUGGAUGAAAUCUCAGGGUUUGGAGACAGCUCUCGAGAGCUCUUCAUCAAGUCCAGCUGCUACAGCACCAUUCCUAUCACUAUGAGCAGUCCCGGUCCUACUGUCAGCUGGACGUUUACCUCUGAACCCAAGAGAAUCUCCUUCAGCGUGGUCUACAGAGAGAGCGCAGAGACCCCGCUGGAGCAGGCCAAGGUUUUGAUCCCUCUGACUCGCUGCCACUCCCACAAAGAGACAAUCCAGGGCGAACUGAAAGUCAGAAAUGCCGGAGAAUAUACACUCAUCUUUGAUAACUCCUUCUCCAGGUUCAUCUCAAAGAAAGUGCAGUAUCAUCUGAGUCUAGACAAGCCUGUGGUCUACGAUGGAACAGACCUCCUCUGAACAUGACAGGGAGCUGAAGGAGGAGCAGGUGGAAAAGUGACUCUUGAACUCUUUAAGGUCAUGAUGAUAAUUUCAAGGUAACCAUGCGCUGGAAUUGGGGGACAGUUAGCAGCCUCAGUGAAAGGUUGUGGCAUUUUAAAGAUGUCUCUCUAAGAUGUGUGACUCAGCAGAAUAAAACCCAACAGGUUGAAAACAAUGAAGGAAAAAAACAACUUUACACUAUUGAAUGUGCACUACCAUUUAAUAAAUGUUUGAUGAUGCAUUAGUUGAAGGUUGCAUUAGGAGAAUCAAACUCCUGGCUGGAAGUUUGUUGCACAUUUGUGUGUGUGUGUGCGCGUGCCUGCCUGCCUGUGUUUAUGUGUGCUUGUGAAAACAGGUUUUUCUUGGUCCCUGACAAGGCACUAAGAAAACCUGGCAAUUUUUUUAUUACAUCCUUGCACACUAUAUUUUUGCUUUAGACCGCAAUUUUUUGACAAGUCUCACAUUUUUUAUUAUUUUGUUUUUCUUCUAAAGUACAGUCUGUCUCAAAUAAGAGCUAAGUUUCUCUCUACGUUGUGGAGCACAGAGAUCCAGUUCAAACCCACUUUUACUGUAUGUUUGGUCUUAUUUUGUGAUUUCAAAAUUUUACCAGUAUUCAGGAGAUGUAUUUUUGUAGAUAAUUUAGAUUAAUUGAACUGUAGAGAGAUGUCUUUGUUUGACAUAACAAGGGCAUCAAACAUUUUGAAAAACCAUGAUGCUUAAAAAAAAAAAAAUGAAUAGAACAAAAAUCACAGUUUUCAUAUUGUGCAGCCCUAAAACAUCUACAGUAUUGUCAUUAUUUAUAUUCUGGGUGUUGACAUUCAACAUCAUCCACCAUGGCCUGAUACACCUACAGAUAUUCAAAGAGAGCUAAACCGGUAUGUAGUGAAAUAUCUGACAGUUGUUACAGUUUCUGUUCCUUAUCAGUAAAUCUAGUUUAAUAUAUAUUACACUCCUGAGACAUGACUGGUAAUAAGAAGGGAAGUGAUGUUAAAGAGAAUUUCAUACUGAACACAUUGUGUUGUUUUAGUUGCCUAAACUACAUUUGAGUUUGACUAAUGUAAACCUUAUUUUAUUGUGACCUUAACAUUACUAAAAGUGUUUUUCUUGCUUCAACGUGCUGUUAGAAAAACAUGACAUGUUACUAACUCUUUAAGCUGGUGUGUUGGUAUCACCCUGUUGUAGAAUUAGCCUUUAUUGGUGGCAAUGCCUGUUUGUGUUUAGAGCAUGCUCUGCAAUCUGUUUCUAAGUUCAUGAGGAUUUCUAACACAUGACAGAAUUUUAAAGUCUAUUAAUAGAUGUUUUAUUGUGAUGCAGUAAUGUUAAAGUGUAAAACAAGGAACUGGGAUAUCUGUGAAGGCUGCAGCACCAAGUCAUCUUUCAGUUUUAACUGUUUUGAGGAAACAGGCUUUAUUUCACACAAAUGUCUGAUAAUGCUGCUGAAAGAAAGAGGUCAACAUUUGUAUGCAUGCAAACGUGAGGGUGCACAUAUUCCUCCAACAUGAACCCUCUGGGGUAAAACAACAGAGCAUUUAAUAAAAUGUUUCAGUGCUUUAAAUAUUUAGUUCUUUUAAAUUAAAUUUGUAUAAAUGAAGGGAUGAUGAGUUACAUUUUAUCUUAAGAUACAUUACGCUUUUAGAUGGAGAAAUGUUUGUUUUAGGAACACAAACAAAUAUAGACAUGAUGUUUUUUCUUUUUCGAGUGUACUUUUUUUUUAUAGAUACAAAAGUGUGUUCAUUAAUACGGUUGUUUUCUGUUAAUGUGUGAUCUGAGUGUGUCAGACAGAACGAUUUAAAUUCAGCAUUCAGCCUUCAAAUACUCCAAAAAUCACUUUUAUACUUGAAGUUGUCUUAUAUGGAGGUUUAUUUGAAGGUUUCAAAGUUGUAAUUCACCUUUUAUUUUUCAAAGAGGGGUUGUUGUUUUUUGGUCGUUUGUUCAAAAUGACUUGAAAGUAAUGCAACACUGUUUUGUUUCAUUGAUGUCUUCCACUAUUUUAAAAACAUUUUGUAACUUAUAUUUCCAACAUGACACUAAAGAAGAUAAACUUUUAUACAUAUCUGAUCAAGAAGGGUGAUAAAUUGCCAAAUAUAUAUUGGGAAGACAUAUUUGUCUGUUUUAUUGUUUAAAGGGAGUUUCUAUUUAAAGGCAUUGCAACAUGACUGCUGUAUAAUGCACUUUUUCAGAGGGCUUCUUGUCUGUAUCCCAUGAGCCUUUGUGCCAGUUGAUGAAUGUUUGUUUUCAUUUGCUUUGUAUGUAAUGUAUGUAUGUAUGAUUGUACAUUUAGUGUUCUGUCACAGGAGAGAUUUAAAUUUUGACUUGAAUGAGUGUUGACCAUGUGUUUUAUUGAAAUGUCAUUUACAUACAAAAGAUUUAUUAUAGAGUGGAUAUAAGGUUGUUGACAAAUAAAUAAGGAUUGUGUGAUAA